CCGCCACGGGAGCUCCAGCCAGGAGUCCUCCAGUAUCCCAGGCUGCCUUGUGGACGCGACGUCGAUGCGCCUGACUCUGUCAGAGUGGGCGCCACGGCCCCGGGUUCCGGGGUGGAAGUGGUGGCGAGUACGUGGCGGAGCGGGGUUCGCCCAGCGACGAGCCUGCGAGGGCUGGCGACCGAGGCCGCGGGCGCUGAGCGAGUGCGAGGCGGCCUGCGCCCGUCCCCACCCCUUCCCUUCCCUUCCCUCCCCUCCCCUCCCCGCUAUAAAGGCAGUGCCGAGGGAUGCUGAGGCUACACAGGGAGCUCGGGCGGCAGUGCGGGUGUGUCGGUAACGCGCUGUGUCACAUGGCGAAGAGACCUGAGCUCCUGUGCGGAGCCCUGGCCGUCAUCUGCACCGUGGUCACCCUGCGCUUCGCCCUGAGUCGGGCAAAGGAUGUGGUCAAAAUAGCUCCACCACCUGUCCGGUUUCUCUCCCCCAACUCCUCCGUGAUUGACCUUUACAUGGGACAGCUAGACCAAGUGGAGAGACACUGUCGCUUAUCUGAAGUUUGUGUUAUCCUCUUUUAUGCCCCUUGGUGUGGAGAGUCGAUUUCUGUCAGGGAAGAAAUUGAUCAGGUUACAGGAAAGCUUCAGGAACAGGUGCUGUUCCUGGCUGUAAACUGCUGGUGGCAUCAGGGGAAAUGCAGGAAGCAAAUGAACCUCUUCUAUUAUCCAGUGAUUCAUUUAUAUCAGAGGAGGUUUGGCCCUAUUGAGUACAGGGGACCUCUUACAGCUGCUUAUAUUCAUAACUUCAUUCAAAGAGUUAUGAGCCCACUUCAGUAUAUCCCAACUCAUUCAGGUUUGCUGGACUUCCUUUCCCACUAUGAGCCAGGUGUACUUGGAUAUUUUGAGUUCAACACCUCUCCACAGCCUCCCGGUUAUUUGACGUUCUACAUCUCUGCAUUGCAUGCAUUAAAAAGAGAUCAUCAAGGAACAAUUCGUUUUGGUGUGAUUACAAGCAAGCAGGUGGCUAAAGAAAUAUCUGUAACUGAUCCUGGAACAAUUUAUAUGCAUAGACAUUUCAACUCUUCCUUAGUCUUUCCUCAUGAUAUACUAAACUUCACUGCAGUGAACGUCUACAGCUGGGCUUAUGAGAAUAGAGAGACCUUUAUACACUGGUUGCGACCACAUGGAAGCAAAAGUCUGCUCCUGAAUAAUGAGCUCAAGAAAGGGCCGGCUUUACUAUUGUUUUUCCCCUUCAGCCCAUUAGCUGAAAAACAGCCACUGAUGGAGGAGAUAACAGAAGUUAUACUUCAGUAUCGCAACUGUAAUGCUAGCAAGACCAUUCAACGUAUACUGCAAUACUUGGAAAAGACUGAGCAGGCAGAUCAGGAAGUUCAUUCGACAGAGUCUUUCUUCCGGACUAGAAAACCUUGUUGUAACACAGUAGUGCCUUCCCAUUGGCAUUCUGUAGCUCAGACCCGCAACAUAUGUGAGCUCUGUAUUAAUCAGACUUUUGGAAUUCAGCCAAGUGUGGUCCACAUUGCAGAAUGCAAUUUCAUAGAGAUGGAAGCAGCUCUGGAUUCAUUCUACCUCAGAGAGCAGACAUUUUUCCAAUUGCAGUCAAGGAUUGUAGAAUGCAGCAAUUUCUUGAGCUAUUAUAGCCCAUUCAGUUAUUACACUGCUUGCUGCAGAACAUUCAGCAGUCCAAUUACAUCUGAACAUAUUGAUGCCCUUGUUUCUUCAGAACUGUUUUCCAGUGCAGAGCACAGCCAGGGAAUGAUUUCACAUAAUUUUCCUCACAUUGAGGGUAGAGCAACUGGUCUUUUUGAUUUGCAUCAUACUCACAUUGCAGGACUGAGUUGUAAUACUAAUAAAACUCUAAACUUUUACUUACUGGAUUCAAACUUGCACUGGAGAUUUGCAACUAGAUUAGGAGCCAAUGAAUCUGCACAAGUGCAAGAAUUUGCUACCAUUGUUGAUCUAUGGGAUGAAGUUCAUUAUGUCUUCGACCAAAAACAAGUACUUAAUAAGUCUUCGAUUGAAAGCAUUAUAAAAAAUUACAGCAGGGCAUACAGUCCAUUACAUCGGCAUCUUAUUGCUGGAACCAAAUCUAAAGCUCAGGAAGAAUAUUUAAUAGCUGAAGUAACAACUGAGACAUUCGACAAUAUUGUACUGGAUGUCGAAAAGAAUGUCUUGCUACUCUACUACACACAGUGGUGUGGAUUUUGCACUGUUCUCAAUCAUAUCUUCAUUCAGGUGGCUCGUCUCUUCCAUGCCAAUGAUGCAGUUGUAACAGCCAGAGUCAAUGUUGCCAAAAAUGACCUUCCUUGGGAAUACAUGGUUGAUCGAUUUCCAACUGUUCUGUUUUUCCCCAGAAACAGGAAAGACUUAAGUGUGAAGUACCCAGAGGAUCUACCAUUAACUGUCCCUAACCUGGUGAGGUUUAUUCUACUGCACUCUCCCCAGUUAGUUCAGCAGGACCCAUUCCACUCCUGUAACCCAGAGUGUAUCCAAAAAGCAGCUGAGCUGCAGAAAGACCGCAUUAGCCAGCUGGAGGAAGAGAUAAAGAGGCUCCAUGCAGAGAUGCAGGUGUUGCACCAGGCUGAAAAACAACUGGCUUCACAGUUGUCUAUGUCCAGGCACGAGGAACACCAACUAAAGAUCCACAACAAAGCUCUACAGGAGAAAAAUGAAAAGCUCAAACAUCACAACGAGAAACUAAAAGAUCUGUACCAUCAGAGGAACACCGAGCUAGCUGAAACAGCAGCAAAAUUAAAUGAGCUUGCAGCAGUAUCAAAAAAGUUGCUCAAUGAAAAUAUUUUACUAAAAACAUACAUGACUUCAAUUGAAGAAGAGCUGGAGAUAAAUACUCACCCUUCCUCAACACCAUUUCCCAUUGAAGAAUCUGAGUUACCUUCCACUCAUUCAGAAAGUACAGGAGCUGAAUCUUCAAACUAACUACACAAACAUUCAGGAUAAAGACUGAUUUUUUUUUUUAAAAAAUUGAGCCAUACUGCUAGUGUUUUUAAAAUAAACUUGGGCCAUGAUUUGAAGGGAACUGGGCUUGGUGUGGGAAGAGAAAGAAAAACACCUGUUAAUUUUUAUCAACCGUGUAAAUUUCUUCUUUCUGAUAACCAGUUUUUGUAAAACAAUCUUAUCAGGUUCUGAGCUUAAUUUUUUUUUUGCAGAUAAGUACUGGUAAAAGGGGAAAUUCUUUAUUUGUUUACAUUGAAUAUUGCACUAAUGAAAUUUGAUUACAAUGUAUAUAGAGUAAGUUCAUUUGUAAAAACUGAAUUACAGGAAGGAAUAUUAUGGUAGAGUACCACAAUCAAGUUUUUAAAUUAAACCAUUUCAGUACUACAAACCCCAUUUAUACAUGCGUUCAAUUUUAACAAACUGCUCAGCCACCAUUGUUGUACAGACCUUCCGGAUCGUUUGUAGUAUCUAACUACAGCCUUCUCCAUCAUAGGUCCUGAUUAGAAUCAGUUUUUAGAAAGUGCUUUGGUAGCAUCCUAGCAGUCACGUCAUUUCAGCACAACCUCAUGCACAAAUUAGAGAACAAUUCUGCAGUCUUCAUUGUGCAACUCAGUAGAAAUUAUUCCUCUCUUCUUCCUCCCCUUCCCCACCCCCCCCCCCCACAACUCCCUGCUUCCAUUUUCUAAACUAAAAGAUCUUGCAGAAUCCAAUGAGGGGUGAGAGACAAAUCUGAACUAGUUCUGUCACAAAUAAUGAUUGUAACAUUGGGUUAUUUUAAAACAAACGUGAGAUUCUGUAGAUGCUGGAAAUCUUGAGCAACACACACACGAAAUGCUGGUGGACUUCAGCAAGACGGGCAGCAUCUAUGAGUCGACAGUUCCGUGCCGAGACCCUUCAUCAGGAGCUGUUAAAAACUAGAUUUCUAAUUCUGUAGCUGCUUCUCUUCCCCUUUACAACCCCUCCCCCAAUUCCAACUUGGCCUCAAGCACAGGAAAACACUGCAAGAUUAUCAAAACCAGGUCUGGUAACACUUACAGAUCAUUUUUGCUUUUCAGAAUACAAAUGCUAUUGUAUGGAAAAUGGACUAGAAUUUCAAACUCAUCCCCACACACUUACCCCCCCCCCACCAAAAUCCACAGGUUCAGUAAGAAUGAAAAUUACAGUAGCUACUGCAUUAACACAA